GGACCGGCCUGAGCUUGGAAUUGGAUUUUUUUGUGUUUCUUUUGAAACUUUCUGCAGCUCAACUUGUUGCAGCACAGUAACAGAUAUUUAUAGCCAUAGAGCAUAUAACUUUCACGCCUGGUUUUUCCAAUUAGGCUUUGUUAAAACAGUGAAAGCCCAUCCUUACCUAACGUCACUGAGAAAACAGACAAUUUUUGCCUUGUAAUCAAAGGAUUGAUGAAAAAGGAUCAGAAAUCGUGUUCAAAUCAAGAAAUGGAGCAAAUCCAAAUCUCUAAACCUUCUUUUCCAAUUCAAGCAUUCAAGAGCCACACGGGGUUGGUUUACCCCAAUCUGCAAGACAAAGCAAUUGUAGUAGAAGAGAAGCCUCGACUCUCAAGAAGAGCCUUAGCCUUGAAGAGACGGAUUGAUUAAAAAAAAUAAAAGUGCAUAUUUUCUUAAAUUUAGAAAAGAACGUGCUAAUUCUUUAGGUUUGAUAAACCCCGACAAAAGGACAAAAGAAGUUCAGUGGACUUUGCUGGAAAGGGAAAUUGAUGGACUGUUUGGUGUGGUAGGCAUCGGGCUUUUCGUAGACUGCACUUGAAAAUCUCCAAAACGGUGCGUAUAAAAUGAGGAGGUUCUCUGCUUUCUGCUUCAACGGUCAAGCAUUCAAGAGAAAUCGCAGGCAUAAACAUUCUCGGAGAUCCACAGCAACAAUGGAGAAUCCUCAGGUGAAUAAUGGCAAUGAGAAAUUAGAGAUUGUAAACCAAAGUAUGGCUAGUUCAAGUGGCAAUGGUGCUACCAAUGUCAUAAUAAACCAUGACUUCUCUGGAGGACUGCACUCAUGGCACCCAAAUUGCUGUGAUGGCUUUGUGGUUUCAGCCGAGUCAGGUCGUCCAGGAUUUUUACCAAAGUCAGGUGGUAAUUAUGCAGUUGUUUCAAAUCGAAAAGAAUGUUGGCAGGGGUUGGAGCAAGAUAUCACAAGCAGGGUUGCUACAGGGUCCACUUAUUCAGUUUCUGCAUCUGUUGGUGUAUCUGGACUUAUUCAGGGUUUUGCUGAUGUCCUUGCAACUUUGAAACUGGAAUGCCGAGAUUCACCUACUCGUUAUUUGUUCAUUGGAAAAACUUCUGUGUCAAAGGAGAGGUGGGAAAAGUUGGAAGGCACAUUCUCCCUGUCAACCAUGCCUGAGAGGGUCAUUUUUUACUUGGAAGGCCCUUCUCCUGGAGUGGACUUACUUAUAGAAUCAGUUUUUAUUACCUGCUCCAGUCCAAGCGAGUUCGGGCAUGCAAGCAAUAGAUGUGACAACGCUGGAGAUGCAGAUGAGAACAUCAUCAUAAAUCCUAGAUUUGAGGAUGGCCUGAAUAACUGGUCUGGAAGAGGCUGCAAGGUUAUCUUACAUGAUUCUAUGGAAGAUGGGAAAAUUGUCCCCCAGUCUGGAAAAGUUUUUGCUUCUGCAACUGAACGCACCCAGAGCUGGAAUGGAAUUCAGCAGGAGAUAACUGGAAGAGUGCAGAGAAAGCUUGCUUAUGAAGCCAUUGCCGUAGUUCGGAUAUUUGGUAACAAUGUUACUAGUGCUGAUGUACGGACUACACUAUGGGUCCAAACACCAGAUCUCCGUGAACAAUAUAUUGGCAUUGCCAAUCUGCAGGCAACAGAUAAGGAGUGGGUACAGUUGCAGGGGAAGUUCUUGCUCAAUGGUUCCCCUAAAAGAGUAGUGAUUUACAUAGAAGGUCCGCCUCCAGGCACUGAUAUUCUUGUCAAUAGUUUUGUUUUAAAGCAUGCUGAGAAAAUCCCACCCUCACCUCCUCCAGUAAUUGAGAAUCCUGCCUAUGGAGUUAACAUAAUUCAGAAUAGCAAUCUGAGUGAUGGAACCAAUGGGUGGUUUCCUCUUGGUAAUUGCACUCUUACUGUUGCAACUGGUUCACCGCAUAUACUUCCUCCAAUGGCGAGGGAGUCCCUUGGACCUCAUGAGCCAUUAAGCGGUCGUUACAUCUUAGUCGCUAAACGCACUCAGACAUGGAUGGGCCCUGCACAGAUGAUCACAGAUAAAAUCAAGCUUUUUUUGACAUACCAGGUAUCUGCUUGGGUUAAGAUUGGUUCUGGAUCAACUGGUCCUCAAAAUGUGAAUGUUGCACUGGGAGUGGACAGCCAGUGGGUCAAUGGGGGACAAGUUGAGAUUAACGACGAUAGAUGGCAUGAAAUUGGUGGGUCUUUCAGGAUUGAAAAGCAGCCAUCUAAGGUCAUGGUUUAUGUCCAAGGUCCUGCUCCUGGUGUUGACUUAAUGGUUGCUGGGGUUCAGAUUUUCCCUGUUGACCGAGAGGCACGGUUCAAGCAUUUGAGGAGGCAGAGUGACAAGAUCCGUAAACGUGAUGUCACCCUAAAAUUCUCUGGUGUGGAUUCAAGCAGUUUACAUGGUACUUUCAUUAAAGUAAAACAAACACACAACAGUUUUCCUUUCGGUUCAUGCAUAAGCAGGACAAACAUAGAUAAUGAAGAUUUUGUUAAUUUCUUUGUGAAAAAUUUCAAUUGGGCUGUGUUUGGAAAUGAGUUGAAAUGGUACUGGACUGAGGCACAGCAAGGAAACCUUAACUACAAGGAUGCUGAUGAGAUGUUGGAUAUGUGUAACAAAAAUAACAUAGAAACCCGGGGUCAUUGUAUCUUUUGGGAAGUGGAAGGCACAGUCCAGCCAUGGAUUAAAGCUCUAAACAAAAAUGACUUGGCAACAGCUGUUCAAAAUCGUCUAACAGGUCUUCUCACUCGGUACAAAGGAAAGUUUCGGCACUAUGAUGUGAACAAUGAGAUGCUGCACGGAUCAUUCUAUCAAGAUCGGUUGGGUAAAGAUAUCCGAGUAAACAUGUUCAAGACUGCCAAUCAGCUUGAUCCAUCUGCUAUUCUGUUUGUGAAUGAUUAUCACAUCGAGGAUGGAAAUGACACCAGAUCAUCUCCAGAAAAGUACAUAGAACAGAUUCUUGAUUUGCAAGAACAAGGUGCUCCUGUUGGAGGAAUUGGAAUUCAAGGACAUAUAGAUAGUCCAGUUGGGCCUAUUGUAAGUUCUGCUUUGGAUAGAUUGGGUAUUCUUGGUCUUCCAAUCUGGUUUACAGAGCUUGAUGUGUCUUCCUCUAAUGAAUAUGUUAGAGGUGAUGAUUUGGAAGUUAUGCUGCGAGAAGCUUUUGCUCAUCCUGCGGUGGACGGCAUUAUGCUCUGGGGAUUCUGGGAGUUAUUUAUGAGCCGAGACAACGCUCACUUGGUUAAUGCAGAAGGUGAACUCAAUGAAGCUGGUAAAAGAUAUCUUGUUCUUAAAGACGAAUGGUUGACUCGUGCUCACGGACAUGUGGAUGAGCAAGGAGAAUUUGCAUUUAGAGGCUUUCAGGGUAGAUACACUCUGGAAAUUGUUACUCUUUCAAAGAAAAUUACAAAAACAUUUACUGUUGAUAAGGGAGACUCUCCACUUGUGGUAUCCAUAGACUUGAAGUAAGUUCUCCACAGCUUGCCGUUUAACCAAUAAAGAUUUGAUGAUUCCUUGUGUUUAUACUCGUUAAAAACUUCUGUAAAUAAAUUUAUUCUCUUUCUGAAUUUGUGAUUUUAAUAUUGUUUAUUUACAUUGUGUACACAAAUAUUUUACCUAAAGGACAAAAAGAAAGAAAGAGAGACAGAGAGAGAGAGAGAGAGAGAAAGAAAGAUAGAAAUCCCAUUUGUUAUCUUUGUUGUAUAAUUGAUAUACAUGGAAUAAAAUUGUAUUCUCAUAUUUGGUUAUGAGAUUA